UGAUAGGAGAGUGGAAUUGUGAACGAAUAUGCACGCGGCCACUCCUCAUAAGGGACUGAGAAUGAAUUUGCGGUGCCGGCAUGACAUUGAUCGGAGCACCUUUUAUCAUACGCAAUUAUGAUAGCUGAGUUGCCACCGAAUAAGAAUGAGUUGAAAGUGGAUCUUGAUGUACUCCUUUCUGCCAUCACCUCUCCCCUUUGCAUACAACACCAUGAAGAACAUCGUUCUCGCUUUGAUCGUUUGUGUUGCCACAACGAUUGCAGUUCUGGCAAACAAUGGAGCGCCAAAAGACUUCCAAAGGUCAUACAAGUAUUGGCAAUUCCAGGUAAAUCGAAAUGGGAUCACAUACGAAAAUAUGACGUUCCCAUGUUUUCAGCCGGAUGCAAGAUGUAUGGGUGUUUAUGAUCCUGAAAUGGAAUACGAAAAGUAUGAGAUCAACGUUUUGGGAGAUACGAAAGUUACUUGUAACGAAAAGUACCGUACUGGAGAAGGUGCACAAGAAAGAACAGCUUAUUCUGGUCGUUGUUUCGGUACAGGGCCGGCCACUUACCUGAUCACUUGUCGAGAUCCACCAAACGAUCCCAAUUACGCUAAAGGAUGGGCAAUUUUGCAUUUCAAAUCAGAUCAUACAUACUUUUCAACAAAUAAUGGAGCAAAAGGAAGAUUCCCUGAACAACUCAACAAUACCGUUGAAGCAAAUCCGUUCAAGGACCAUGAUUAUUCCCGUGACCUGUUUGCUACGGUGGAAAUCUUUUGCCCCAUUCAGAUGUCGGAAGGAUGAAAUUUCUCUUCAGUCAAUUUAUGCAUCUUUUGUACCUUUCUGUCGUUAUGAUGAAGUGAAUAGUACUUUCUUUCUUGUUUUGUCUGAAUCA